AGAUUAAGUUAUAACGGAUUUUUAAUAUUUUUAUAUAUAUAUAUAUACCGACCAAUUAAUUUUUAUGAUUGUAAAUGAUAUUUCCAAUCUUAAAUGAGGAGCUGGUGUAUACCCCAACUACGUCUGGCCCAACUCUUAAUCCCAUCAUUAACCCUGGCGCCACUACGAAUUUUCUGCAUUUCCUCCAUCCCCUCCAUUUCGUCCAUCCCCUCCAUGUUCUCCUUGUGUCCUCAGGUAAGGCUCUGAGUACUCUAACAUCAUUCUUGUUAAUCAGUUAGAUCCCGAACUUCACCGAGAGCACUGAGUCCAUUCUAAGAUCAGAAAUCUCUGUAGUAAGAAUAUUUAAAAGUUGAGUGAAUUUGCCACCAUCGCAGUGUUCAGCAGUCGUUCCAGCCAACGAACCAGCCAUCAACAACCGCAGUGACUCUACUCAUCAAAAAGUCUUCCACAAUGGCCGCACCGAAAUGUCACGCUCAGUGGAAGUUGUACCGAGUCAUCAGUGGACAUCAGGGAUGGGUUCGCUGUUGUGCGGUGGAACCUGGCAAUGAGUGGUUUGCCACAGGAUCUGGGGAUAGAGUGAUAAAAAUCUGGGAUCUCGCUAGUGGCGUUCUGAAAGUCUCCCUGACUGGACACAUCAGUAGUGUCAGAGGUUUAGCAGUGUCUCGUAGGCAUCCGUACUUAUUUUCAUGUGGCGAAGAUGGACAAGUGAAAUGCUGGGAUUUGGAAUACAAUAAAGUAAUUCGUCAUUAUCAUGGACAUCUGUCAGCCGUCUACUCCAUGGCACUUCACCCAACAAUCGACGUCCUGGUGACAGCUGGUCGAGACUCCACAGGACGAGUCUGGGACAUUCGAACAAAGGCGAAUAUUCACACUCUGGUGGGACACACAAAUACCGUCGCAAGUGUUAUCUGUCAGGCAUCCGAGCCCCAGAUAAUCACAGGAAGUCAUGACUGCACCAUCAGAUUGUGGGAUCUGGCUGCUGGUAGGAGCAGGGUGACCCUGACUAAUCAUAAAAAGAGUGUGCGAUCAGUGUGCUUUCAUCCCACACAAAAUAUGUUCGCUUCUGCUUCCCCGGACAACAUCAAACAGUGGAAAUGUCCUGAUGGAACAUACACUCAGACUUUAUCUGGACACAAUGCCAUUGUCAAUUGUCUUGCUGUUAAUGAGGAUGGCGUACUGGUCUCGGGAGCCGAUAAUGGCACGAUGCACCUCUGGGACUGGAGGACUGGCUAUAACUUCCAGAGACUGCAGGCCCCUGUACAGCCUGGGUCCAUGGACAGUGAGGGUGGCAUCUUCAGCGUCACGUUUGAUAUGUCUGGAACUAGGAUGAUCACCACUCAGGCGGAUAAGACAAUCAAGCUUUAUAAGGAGGACAAUACUGCCAACGAGGAGACACAUCCGGUCAGUUGGAGACCACAUGUCAUUAAGCGAAGAAAAUAUUAAUUCAUAAGACAUUUCUUUAGAGUAUUUCGGGUGUGAUUGGACAUAUAUAAUUGUAAAUAAUUUUAUAAAUAUAUUGCCUGCUGAUAAAAUAUAAAAUAUAUUAUGCCUGCUGACGAGGCAGGAAGAACUGAAGAAACAGGUGUUUAGAACUUUGAGCAAGAUGGAGAUCAAGGCAAAGAGGAUGCACGCCGGGAGGCGCUAGUCAUUGUAUAUUGUGUAAAAUAUAUGUUGUUAAACUUUGUUAAAUAUAUUGUUAAUAUUUA